CGAAUGUAAUGGAAAGCGAAAAACACGUUUUAGGGAGAAAAUCAUCGCGUCAACCCUGGAGAAGUUUCAAAUUGAUGAUUGAUCCCGCUUUAACAAAAGGACUCUACAAAGUGUACCGCUAUGAUGGGCACGACUUCAACAUUCCCGUUGAUGACUUGGGUUUGUUUCCAGUGGAUUCAGUGAAAGAUCCACGCAUCUGCCGCAUGUGGAGCAAAUGCGUCAAGAGUGACCUUUCGGUUCCCAGAUUUAAGAUAGAUGAGUUUUACAUUGGGCCCAUUCCUCCCAAAGAAGUGACAUUUUGCAGGCUGAAUGACAAUGUAAACAUAGCCUUCCUAACUAAUAUGUGUAAUAAAUAUGGCCACACUGAAGAAGUGGAAAUUUUCUACAAUCCAAAGAACAAAAAGCAUUCAGGGGUUGCCAAAGUUGUUUUUGACACUGUGAGGGCUGCUAAGGACACCGUUCAUCACCUUAAUCAAACAUCAGUGAUGGGUAAUGUUAUCCACGUGGAAAUGGAUCCAAAAGGUAAAAACAGAGUGCGCUACCUCAAACUGCUCUUUCAUGGCAUCUACACACCAUGCAGCUUACCAGUAGGAAGCAGUGACCAAAGUCUCCAAAACUUAAUCGACAAUUUACUGUGCAAUUCAGCCCCACAGGGAGAAGGAAGCCCAAGCAGCCUCACUACUCCACUCUCUCUCGACACAGCAUAUUCCAGUAUUAGUCGGGAUACACCUUGUAGCUCUGGGCUGACUCCUUAUUCACAGGGAACCCCGCGCACUCCUUGCUUUUCUGCAACUCCUCUCUCCCUUGACUCAUGCUACUCCAGUCUUCAAGGCACUCCAAUCCUCCAGGGGGAGCACCCAACUUACAGUGUUCCCAAACCAAAACAUGCAAAGCAUUCUUUCGAACUUUUAUCCCCUGGUCCAGAGUCGAGGAAUGUGAUCGCAACUAGCUCAAAAGCGUUACCUAUAACCUCUUUGAGCAUCUUGAGCAUCAACUUGGAAGCCAACAAGCAUUUAGACGUGACUUCCCCACCUGACAGUCAUGCAUGCAUUGAAGAGUUACCUCAGUCACCACUGGUGAACUUUAUUCCAAGAAACCCUCAGCCAGAAUCAGAGACAUUGGAUGCCCGAAUACAACAUUUGCUGACAAACAGCCAGAGUUCAGAUACUUUCCAUGGGAAUUCUUCAAUAGCUGAUGUGUUCGGUCAGGACAGCCCGACCUCACCAUAUCCACUGCAGAACUCCCCACCCUCAAAUGACCCAAACAAGACUUUGGAAGAGGUUAAUCCUACGCCAUUCCUUGAAGAGGAUGAAACCUCCCAAGCUGUUUUUUUUCUUACAUCCCAAAGAGAUAAAGAGAGUCCUUCUCCAUUUGAUUUCAUAAAAGCUGGUGAAAGCCAAGAUGGAAACAUUAAGACAAAUGCUGAAAAGGCACCAAGCCAAAAGGAGGUCCACUUAUCCAAUGUAGAUGAAAUAAACGGUGAAACAUUGACACCAUCUUUUAGUCAUCAGUCCAAACAUCCACUUGCCAUCCCAUCCGCAGGCCAUCAUCUACCACUUAUCCCUUUGUGUUUCCCCAUUCCUUCAUUUCCCCCUGUCCCACCCCGCCUCCCAAAUGGCACCAUUCCCGUUCCACCUCCAGGCUGGAGCCUCCCUCCAGGCCAUCACAGCAACAUCCACAUUCCACCACCUUCUAACUUCCCGGUACCCCAACCUUCUUUGCCGCCUCCUGCACCACCCUGGGCCACUUCACCUUUUCCUCGUACCAACCCUCUAGUUCCACCACCAGACUACUCACUGAUGAGGGAAAACCCUCAUAAACUCACAGUGGAAAAAGUUUUAGAUGUGCUCAUGGAUGAACUGAAGUCGAUUAUUAAGAGAGACCUCACUCGCAGAAUGAUUGAGGGAGUGGCGUUCAAGGUGUUUGAAGUCUGGUGGGACAAUCAAGAGAAGAAAACAAAGCAAUCAGUUGUGCCCUUAAAUGAUAAGAAGACCAAUUGUAUAAAUCCUCUGAAUCACAUCGCUGGCGAGCACAAGAAGCCUCCCCUUCCCACCUUCAAGAUUAAGAAGAAAAAAGGGGACAACCCUACAAUGAAAGACGGAACCCACGAGGACGAUAUGUUGAAACCAACAUUUGAAAGACGUAAACGGAGACAUGCAAGACCGCUUGAUCUUGAUAGUGAUGAUGAUGACAGAAUGGAAGAAUACAAGAUACAUCAAGCCGCCGCGCAAAGGGAAAUUGCAACAGCCAAAGAGGAACAGGCUGGGCCUAUAGAAGAUGAAGUACACAUUUUGUGUGACGGAAAUGAUCAUGCCAGCAAUGUUGAUGACAAUCAUAAAGAAAAAGAGACGGUGUCUGAAAAACACAGGGAGGCUGAAGACACCUGUCCAGUUCUUAGUGACGCUCUCUCCUUCAGCAGUGAGUGCAGCUCCUCGGAGGUUUGCUCAUCCGACUGGGACUCCCCGGACUCUUUUACUUCAGAGAGCUCAGAGAACUCAUCCUACUGUGACUUCAGCUCUGAAGAUGAUGAUAAUGUUGAUUUAGAAGAGAACAAAAAGAAUGGUGAAGGUUUGAAGUGUGUAGUAAUAUCAUCAGAUGAGGAGUCGGUGGAGGUUGAGCCCCCUGUGACACCCUCAGCCCCACUCACGCCUGGUGCUCAGCUAGAACUCCAUGACUUGUCAGAUCCAUCUAAUAGGGAGAAAGCAGAGGAAAAUGAGUACAUGCACCAAGAACAUGCAAUGAUGGCGCUACAGCCUUCAUCACAUCCUGGACUUCAAGCAGUGGCUCUUGAAUUUGACAUGGAGAGGCGUAAAUGGAACUCGGGAUCUCCGGAGUACACCUUGAGGCCUCUCACUCCUACUGGCUGCCUUUUGGACAGUGACCUUGAACUUUUUAUCAGAAGCAAACCAACAUCUCCAGUUGUGAUGGAGGUGGGACGACCACAGACCCCAGGCAAGGAGAUAGCCUCUCAAUUAGGAAGUGAAGAAUCAGAAGAUGACAAUCUCUCUCGAACGAUCAGUGAGUUACAUCCAUCAUCAGACACGGCUUUGUUAUUCCAGGAAACACCCAAAACUCCAGGUAGAGAAGACACAAGUGCUUGGAGUCCUAACAGUGGCGUGAGGGUCUCAACAAGUCCAGGGUAUGAGCGCAUUAUACCGGAAGAUACCGGGGAAACAUACUUACAUUUUAGAAAACCAUCGGCUCAUUCAUCACUGUUUAGUAGUCCAUUUAUAUUACCACCAAAUACCCCUGGAAGAGAUAUCUUUCUACCACGAAGAUCCUUCAUCCACAGAAGAAAGACUGACAUUGAGAACAUCUCACAAUGUGACAAAUUCCUUGGAAUGUCAUCUCCAUGUGACCUUUCUGAGUCUUCAUCUGAUGGCGGAGGAGUGAGAACAUGGUCAGAUGUGAGAGUGAUACCUCUGCAAAGACUGGAGAACAUGCCUGGUCUCUUCUACAACGGAAGCAGGAGAGAAACAAAAAUGAGGCGUAAAUGGUGGAAGCGAACAAAAAGGCGUUGGAGGAGCCACUACUUCUCUCGUCCCAGUCCUCCCAAGUGGCGUUCAGAGUGCGAGGAACGGAGGAUACUUCACAGUAUAUGGAGGGACGGUCUGGAUCAAGAGGAUGAGAGACUGCUCAGGUGCACUUACGAAAGGCUGCAAGAGCGGGAAGAUGAGUGUAGCUGGCUUAGUGAUGCCCUUUGGAUACCUCAUCCUCAUAUCCUUUUCACUUCCAAAUUUGUUGUUAUAGAAGAGAAUGUAGGACACCAGUCAUGGCAACAGAAGCACAUUACAGGCUCAGCCCGCAGUGAGGGUUUCUACAAAAUCAACUGGAGGGAUAAACUUGAAUACCUCAAACAAGAAAGAACCAUUGAGCUUUCAUCAGCAAGCGCUCAGGUAUUCAACACAGUGAAGUGUGAGGAGCAGGAUGUCGUUCAUCACAGUGUGUAACAUAAGCUUGCUGUGCCCAUGCAGGAACUUCAGAUACAGCCUACUGCACUUCGGGCCGGAUCAGACUUCAGGUCAGAACAGCGCCGUCUGCUGUCAUCUUUUAGCUGCGAUAGUGACCUCGUCAAGUUCAACCAACUCAAGUUCCGAAAGAAGAGGAUUCGUUUCAGUCCAAGUCCCAUCCAUGAUUGGGGUCUGUUUGCCAUGGAGGCCAUAGCAGCAGAUGAGAUGGUGAUUGAGUAUGUCGGCCAAAUUAUCAGACAGAAUAUUGCUGACAUGAGAGAGCGUAGAUAUGAGGAAGCAGGCAUCGGAAGCAGCUAUUUGUUCCGGGUCGAUCAGAACACCAUCAUCGAUGCCACAAAAUGCGGGAAUUUAUCCAGAUUCAUCAACCAUAGCUGCAGUCCAAACUGUUAUGCGAAGAUCAUCACUGUGGAGUCUCAAAAGAAGAUAGUGAUAUACUCGCGGCAGCCAAUCAGCAUCAAUGAAGAAAUCACGUACGACUACAAGUUUCCCAUUGAGGACACAAAAAUUCCUUGUUUGUGUGGCUCUGAAAGCUGUCGGGGCUCUUUGAACUGAUUCCAUCUGGAGAGUCUUAUAGCUUAUAUAAGAGCCCACACUGCCUCAGGUACUGUACAAACAGACACUGAAGAUGUGCCUCAUAAAUAACUAUUAGGCAUUUCCAGCUGCUGUCUUGAAGGUUAAAAAUAACCUGAGAUGCACGAAGCAGACCAAGUGAACUUUCCUAUCCAGCACGUAAGCUAUUGUAUGAUGAAGUAUGAGGGAAGAGAACGCUAAACUUUUAUGGUAAAUGUAAAUUGACUGCCUUUAUAUUUAAUGUACAUGGUGUACAGUCUCGUUGGAAAAACUUUAUAAAUGCAUGUUAUGAGAGGUUAUCUUUGGUUUUACAUCACAGUAACAUGGACAGUAUACGGCAGGGAUUGUCAACCGGUGGUCCGCGGCCCUCUAGUGGUUCGUUUCGGUAUUGCAGGUGGUCCGCAAAAUUGGAAAUGGAAAAUAAUUGUAACAUUUUUAAAAUAAAAUGGAUUAAUUAUUUAGACUUUAUUUAUUUUCCAGCUAAUUUUGUGAAUCAUUUACCCAUUCAAAUUAUGUCAAAUGUAGCUGAGAUUCCCAAAAUAGACAUACAGACGCAAAUAAAUAGCCUGCAUAGGUCUAUCUUACUUCGUUGCAAAAUAAAAUAAUAUUCCGCCAAAA